UGCUGCUUUUACAGGAGACUGGGAGCCGCGGCGGCCCCAGCUGUCCCCUGAGGCCCUGCACCGCGCCCGGGGCUCCAGCAGAGAGCGGCAGGGGUCGGCUCAGGCAGGGCGGGAGCGGCUCUUCCGUCCGGAGGAUCCGAGCCGCCUGUGCCGAGUGGCCACGAGCGGUAACGACGGGGCUCAGCCCACGCUCGCCUCCGGGCCCCGCGGCGGCUGCGCCGUAGCCCCGCGGUCUCCCCAGCCGUGGGGACUGGCGUGCGCGGACCCUCGCUGCGUUUCCCCCGCCGCGGGUCUGCAGUGGUGCGAGGAGCGGGAAGCAGCUCUGCUAUCUAGGAUGGGAUCCAAGCUUUCAGUGGACGACUCGGUGCAUGUUGUGAUCGUUGGAGGAGGUUUCGGGGGAAUCGCAGCUGCCAGACAACUAAAGUCCUGGGGAAUCCCCUUUGUUCUUGUGGACAUGAGAGAUGCAUUCCACCACAAUGUGGGUGCUCUCCGGGCCUCUGUAGAGAGCGGAUUUGCCAAGAAAACCUUCAUCUCUUACUCUGUGACCUUUGAGGAGAGCUUCCGACAAGCUAAGGUGGUUGGAAUAGACUUACUGAGGCAGAAAGUCUUGCUGAAUGAUAAUGAGGAGCUUUUCUACUCUCACCUCAUCCUUGCUACAGGCAGUGAUGGGCCUUUCCCUGGGAAGUUUAACCAGAUCAUUGACAUGAAAACUGCCAUUCAGACAUAUGAAGACAUGGUCAAGGAGCUCCAGAAAUCUCCACGUAUUGUGAUAGUAGGCGGUGGUGCUGCUGGAGUGGAAAUGGCUGCAGAGAUCAAAACAGAAUAUCCAGCCAAAGAGGUCACCCUCAUUCACUCAAAAAUUGCACUGGCUGAUGUGGAGCUCCUACCAAGUGUCCGGCAGGUGGUGAAGGAGAUUCUUCUCAGGAAAGAAGUGCAUCUCUUGUUAAGUGACAGAGUCAGCAACUUGCAUAUGCUGACUUUAAACCGAUUCCAAGAGAAUAUGGCAGUCAAGACGGAAAAGGGCACGGAGGUUGCUGCUGACAUGGUGAUUCUCUGCACUGGUAUAAAGAUCAAUUCAUCAGCAUACAGCAAUGCAUUUGAGGACAAGCUGGCGAGUAAUGGUGCUUUAAAGGUCAACCAGUACCUCCAGGUGGAAGGGUAUGAUAAUAUCUAUGCUAUUGGUGAUUGUGCUGAUGUAAAGGAACCGAAGAUGGCAUACCAUGCUGGGCUCCAUGCCAAUAUUGUGGUGACAAACAUCAUCAACAGUCUGACACAGAAACCUCUUAAAACCUACCAGCCAGGAUCACUAACCUUCCUGCUGUCGAUGGGCCGGAAUGAUGGGGUAGGCCAGAUUAAUGGAUGCUACGUGGGACGUCUGUUAGUGACUAUUGCAAAGAGCCGGGACCUUUUUGUUUCUAAGAGCUGGAAGACUAUGGGACAGACUAUGCCCUGCUAGAUAGAAAGGACAAUGAUGAAGUAGCAAGGGAAUACAUGUAUUGACUGGCAUUAACGAAGCUGGAAAAGAAUAAAAGGUUCAUCAUUACCAAAAUGA